GUCCGGGACGCCAGGAGAGCUGCCCCCUCAGACAAGAGUCACAGGCUGGCGGGGAAGCGACAGCUUAUCAGCCCAGGAUCUCCAGCUGACCUCAGUGGGAAGAGAGCAAAACAGCAAGAAAUACAGAGUGAGAGAUUCCUCCCUGCACUGGCACAAUGCGCACUCUCAUCAUCCUUAUGCUCCUGGCUGUCUUGGUGAUGGCUGCCACUUGCUAUGAGUCCCGUGAGAGCAUGGAGUCCCAUGAGUAUCUCCAUCCCUUCAUCAACAGGCGAAGGGCCAAUGGCUUCAUACAACCUGACACGAGACUAGAAGCUAUCACUCAGGAGAGGAUCAGGGAGCGUCAUAAGGCACCCCAGGAACGUCAGAGGGAGAUCUGUGAGGACUACUACCCUUGUGAACUGUACGCAUUUCAGCAUGGCUAUGCUGCUGCUUACAAGCACUAUUUUGGAAGGAGGAGGGCUAAGUAAAGGAUUACUGUUCCCACCCUGGGGCCUGGAGUCCAGGGUAUCCUCCCCCAAAAUGCAAUGGCUCUGAAACAUAUUCAGUUGCUUGUGUCCUUGUAUGUUAUCCUGCCUGUUGCUUCUCUCCUAUGUAGCCAUGGAUUCCUACACUGUGUUAAUUAGUGCCAAGCUGUUGUAGCAGAGAUCAGAGAGAGUUCAGGAUGUGGGUGUUUACUACACAAUAAAUCGCUGGUUUGAUACUAUC